AAAGCCAGAGAGGCCGAAAAAACGAAGAAGAAAGAGGAGGAAAAGGCGAAAAAGAAGGAGGAGGAGAAGGCGAAAGAGGAAAAGGCAAAAAAGGAGGAGGAGAAGGCGAAAGAGGAGAAGGCAAAAAGAAGGAAGAGGAGAAAACAAAGGAGUCAAAAAGAAAGAAGAGCAGAAAGCGAAAGAAGAGCCCAAAAAAAAGAAGAGGAGAAGGUGAAGGAAGAGGUGAAGAAGAAGGAAAAGGAGGAGGAGAAGACGGAAGAAAAGCCGAAGAAAGAAGAGGAGAAAGGGAAGAAAAAGGGUAAAAACAAAGGAAAGAAGGAGGAGAAGGAGGUAAAAGGGUCGAGUGAGGAGGAGGUGAAAGCGCCGAUCGCUGCUCCAGAGCCUGAGCUGAAAACUGAACCUGAAGCUGAACAGGCUCCAGAUCAGCAUUCAGUGAGCAGCGCAGAGAUACAGCCAGCUCAAGAGGAGGAGGAGAAGGGAGAAGCUGCGAUAAAGAAGGAGUCCGAAGUGGUGGAAGAAGUGAAAAAGGAGGACGUGGAGGAGAAAGUGGAAGAACCAGCAGAGCAGCAGCAGGAGGAGGAAGCAGCAAAAGGGGAGGAAAAGGCAACGGAGCAGGCAAAGAAAGACAAGCCCGGAAAAGAGAAGAAGACGGAAAAGAAGACAGAAGAGGCUAAAGGCUCGAAACGUCAGAAAACCAUGCAAUGCAAAGUCACCUUACUGGACGACACUCAGUUUGAGUGCGAGCUUGAUAAACAUGCUAAAGGCCAAGAACUCCUCACAAAGGUGCUGGACCAUGUCAACCUGGUGGAGAAGGAUUACUUUGGCCUUGCAAACUGGGAAACUCCAACCACCAAGACAUGGUUGGAGCCCACCAAAGAGAUCCGGAAACAGGUUUCAGGUGCUGUCUAUGAGUUCACAUUCAACGUCAAGUUCUACCCUCCAGAUCCAGCUCAGCUCACUGAAGACCUCACCAGGUACUUUCUGUGUCUGCAGUUGAGGAAGGACAUCAUGCGAGGUGUCCUCCCCUGUUCCUUCGUCACGCUGUCCCUGCUGGGCUCCUACACGGCCCAGUCAGAGAUAGGGGAAUACGACCCGGAGCUCCACGGAUCGGACUACGUUAAAGACCUGAGCCUGGCCCCCGGGCAAAGCAAGGAGCUGGAGGAAAAAGUGAUGGAGCUGCACCGCACAUACAGGUCAAUGAGCCCAGCACAAGCAGAUAUGCUGUUUCUUGAAAAUGCCAAGAAACUCGCCAUGUAUGGAGUUGACCUGCACCAAGCCAAGGAUCUUGAUGGUGUUGACAUCACGCUGGGGGUUUGCUCCAGCGGUCUGAUGGUUUACAAGGACAAGCUGAGGAUCAACCGUUUCCCUUGGCCCAAAGUGCUCAAGAUCUCGUACAAACGGAGCAGCUUCUUCAUCAAGAUCAGGCCGUCGGAGCAAGAACAGUAUGAAAGCACCAUCGGCUUCAAGCUGCCCAACUACAAAGCCUCGAAGAAGCUGUGGAAAGUUUGCGUCGAGCAUCACACCUUCUUCAGGGUUUCGACAGUGGAGCCUCCCUCAUCGCGUCGCUUCCUAGUCUUGGGCUCUAAGUUCCGGUACAGCGGUCGCACUCAGGCCCAAACCCGCCAGGCGAGCUCCAUGAUCGACCGUCCGGCUCCUCGCUUCACACGCUCCGCAAGCAAGAGGCUGUCUCGUAAUCUGGAUGGAGCUGGAGAUGAGACUCUCCAGUUUCUGCAACAACUUGCAGCCCCGAUCAGGUCUGAGGAGGAUGAUCGGUCGCUGGUGAUGGUGUCGGACAAACCGCAGCCUUCUCUUGAUUUCUCAGCCAGAGGGGAGUCUGAGCAGGCUUUCACUCAGUCCUGGGAGGAAGGGCAGUCGGUUCGCACAGUCACAGCAACCUGGCAGAGCUCCGACAGCGGGAACAUGGCCUCUGAAACCCAGACAGUCAGUCAGCCAUGGCAGGAGCUGGCGACUGAUGGGCAGCAGCAGAGGAGAAAGGAAGACGAGUGGUCUGAGCUUCUGCAUCGACAUCCUCCCUUUCCAUUUGUCCCUCCUUUUGAUUUUGUGAAACAGCCAGCUAAACUCAGCUUGGUAAAAACGAACUACAUGGACCGGCUGUUGCAACCUGCACUGACACAGCAAGAUGACUGGUUCCUGUACUUUGAGCGCAUGUUCCGUUUAUCCUCCUCUGAGCGCAUUGAAAAACCUGCAUUGUCUCCUGUACCCCAGCUCCAGGAGCAGCAGAUCAUGUAUGUGAAAGAACAGGAACGGAUCACUCGGGAGGUCACUGAGAGGAUGCAGGAAACAGUGAUCUUGACAGACAACAUGAAAGAGGCAGUAGUUUUGGAAGGGAAGCUGAGGGAAGUGAGGAACUUGGAGGAGAGGCUUGAAGUAAUGGAUGAGAUGGCAGUGAGACUUCAGCUAGCCAUAGAGAAAGAAUUGGGGAAGGAAGAGGUAGAAAAGUUAAUGCAAGAGGAGAGAGAAAUGGAGCAGGAGCAACAAAUGCAAACCAAACGUGUAACACAAACUCUGGUGAGGAAAUCUGUGAGGAAGAAGGAGACAGAAGAGGGUGAGGUGGAUGAACUGGAAGAUCAAAUAAAGGAGGUGUUUUUAAAAGGCCUGUUGGAUGAGGAGGGCGAGGAGGUUGUGGUCAGGCAGGAGAGUGUAGAAGAGGUGGCGGGAGACGAGAAUCUGUUAGAUGAUAGCAUGAGAGAGAAGCUACGCCAGAUAGAAAAAGAAUGGCAAGAUGAGGUGGAGGAGAAGUUCGGCUCUCCAGAUGUUGUCGGCACAACUUCAGUAGUGUCGUUCCAGAAGGUGGAGCGUAGAACUGUGAAGAAGGUGACGAUUGAAGAAGAUGGAGAGCAGCAAGAUGUGCAGAUACAGUCUGGUGAAACGUCAGAGGAGAGGUUAGAAAAGCAGGACUUGUGGCGUAAGACAGACUUAGUAGUGGAGAGGACACUGAAAGAGGCUACAGAGAGGCUUCAGGCUCCAGAAUUUGAGGAUUUAUGGUUCAUACUUUUUGACCGUCCUCCAUACAAGGCUGUUUUCAAACCACCAGUAGUUCCCACCGUGCAGCGAGCUCAGGUGGAUGAAGGCGAGUACUUCACUUCAGAGACUGAGAUUAAAACACUUGAGGCCAAAACUGAAAUUAUAAUAGAGGAGAAGCAAAUAAGAGAAGAGGAAGUGUCGCGUGUACCAGAGAUCCAGCAACCACAGAGCAUCACAGAAAGGGUGGAUGACUGGUUUGUGCUGCUGGAUGUUAUACCCCGAGAAACACCUUAUGUACCACCAGUUGCAUCAAAGGAUAGAGCCAAGAUAGACGAAGAAAGUUUUGUCUCUGUGGCUGCAACUGUGGAAGCUGAAGUGAGUAAAGAAGUAGAAGUUGAAGAGAGAAAGACGAUAGAAGAGACACCGAGAUAUCUACAAGAAAUCCCAGCACCGCCAGUGGCAAUCAGAGAUGAUGACUGGUUUGUGUUACUGGAUGUUCUUCCCAGAGAAACAGCAUACGUACCACCAGUUGUUGCAAAGCAGGUGUCUCCAGAAGAUCGUGUCUCUCUGAUUGAAGCAACAGCUGUUCAGCAGAGAGAAAAACGAGCAGAGAUUGUAGUUAGAGAAGCUGAAAUACAGCAAAAGCCGAGUGAAAAACAAGUUGUAGCUCCGCUGCAAAACGUGAAAGCGAGAGAAGAUGACUGGUUUGUGCUGCUGGAUGUUCCCAUUAGAGAAUCAGCAUUUGAGCCUCCAGUUACCGUGUCUGAGUAUGUUGAGCUUUAUCAAAGAGAAAGCAUCUCUACAGUGGUAGAGUCCACGAGGGAGGUUGUUAUCCAAGAGAUUGUGGUGCAGAAAAAGGACGUGAAGCCUCCCAAGCAAGUUGUUUCAGAGCAGAAAAUAUUCCAGCCAGUGGUAGAGAGAGAGGAUGAUUGGUUUCUGCUGCUGGAUGUUGUUUCCAAAGAGACUUCCUACGUGCCUCCAGUUUCUGUGCCAUUACCGACUAAAAUCUAUCCAGAUGUUCCGACUGAAGUAAAAAGAAUAGAGCAGAAGGUUCAGCUUGACGUUGACCGGAUAAGACCACAGGUUUCCCAGCCACUUCCAGACAGAGAUGAUGACUGGUUUGUUCAGUUUGAUGCUGUUCGUGAAAAGGCAGUCAUAGUGCCAACAGUUACUCCAGUUAAGAUUAUUCUGGAUGUGAAGAAGACCUUAGAGGCUGAGGUGACAACCACAGAGACUAGAAUGUGGAAGGAGACGAUAAUUGGUUUGGACAGCAGGCAGGACGAGGCACGUCUGUCUGAAAUUAGGCCGAGCCAAAUUGUGCCACUAUCAGAGAGACAAGGAGGAGAUGAUUGGUUUAUCCUGUUCGACAUGAUCCGUGAAAAGCCUGUUGUCGUGCCACCAGUCGCUGUGGUUAGGCGUGCUGUUGAUGUCGUGGCGCCUGUUGAACUGAAAACAAAAUUCAUCACGCGAGAUGUGAGGCCACCUGUGAAGCUGGUGGAAGCGAAACCACAAGACUCAAGAAAAAUGGAUGAUGACUGGUUUGUGCUGCUGGAUGUUGCAGCUAAAAUUCCAGUGACUGUGGACGAACGUGUCCGAAUGUAUCCUGAAGUACAACCAGCCAAAAAGAUUGCAGUCAGAGAGCAAAGGGUGCAACAGAGAGUCACUAUAGUGAAGGAGGUGUGGCAGCAGGAGUAUGAAAUGCAGCAGAAACCACGUCCAGCAGUGAGAGAGGUGGAGGAUGACUGGUUUGUUCUUCUGGAUGUGGCUCCUAAGAAAUCAGUUGCUGUCGCAGAGCGUAUCCAGUUCCCAACAGCGGUCAGAGCUCCGGCUGCUGUGGCCACAAAGAGGAUUACUAUUUCUGAGACCAGACCGCCGUUUGAGAAACGGAUCCUGGAGGAAAGACGUCCUGUCACACGUACACAUGUCAAUGAUGAUUGGUUUGUUCUGCUAGAUCUUGACCUCAAAGAGUCAGUUGUGAGCACACAGCGGGGCACUCGUCCCGUCAGCGCUCCGGUCUUCUCCCAUGCUGCCCUGAUGGAGGCAGGCAUCCCCAUGGCAACCCUGGACCAGCCUCAGACCUCCACCCCCAUCAAAACCAGCAUGGAGGAGAGGAAACUGGAAGUCACCGUAGAAGCUGUGGAGCCUUCAAAGAUCGAUGCUGAGGUCAAGCCAGCAGUGUGGAGGGAGCAGAGAGACUCUUCACUGAUAUCCACCGUCAAUGGGGACAUUCAGCACGAGAUGACGAGCUCGGAGGUGGUGCGAAUGCGAAAGAAAAGAGCUAAGAAAAUUGAGGGUGACUCAAUUUAUAUCAGACAUAGCCUUUUAAUGUUGGAGGAGUUUGAUAAGCCUCAGGAGGACCUGCUCAGGCAUCACGCCAGCAUCAGCGAGCUGAAGAGGAACUUCAUGGAGGCCGUCCCGGAGACCAGGCCGAGCGAGUGGGAUAAGCGUCUGUCCACGCACUCCCCGUUCCGCACUCUGGGCAUCAAUGGCCAGCCUCUGCCCAGCGCAGACGGGAGUGUGUGCAUUAGUCCCCUAAGCUAUGGUUCAGAGACAAAGCCGGCACAUGAGGAAACCAGCAGUAGUUUGGGCUUUGCAGGCAAACCCAGUUCCACUGUGAGCCCCGAGAGCGAGCUUGAUGGUGUCGAAGCCCACAGCGCUCCUGUAGAGGAAGAGUGGCGCGAUCAGGAGGAGGUUGUAGUUUCUGACGCGACCUCGGUGCCGGUCGUAGAGGUGGAACUGGCACAGCUGCCUCCUUCCUUUGGUCCCUCCUGUAAAGCUUUAGAUUCGAUCCGGGAGGAGGAAGGAUCAUGUCCCGGAGUGUCGGAGGGGAGGAUAGUUGGAUCUUCCCCAGCUUCCUAUUUCUGGAGCGAUGGUCCACAGGUCAUACGCUGCUUCCAGCCCCCUCUGGUGCAGACCCAGACUGUCACCAUCACAGCAGCGUCCAACCUUUUAUCCAGUGGCAUCUCCACCACAGAGGUCCCUAUCGUCCCGACCAAGACCUUCACCUAUGAGUCUUCAAAGGUGACAGUUGAUGGAACAGACGAGGACAAAGAUGGCACAUCAGAGUCCCAGACCAUUACCUCAGAGACAACUAGUGGCACCACAGUCACCACUACCACCACUCACAUCUCAAAGGUUGUGAAAAGCGGAUCGUCAGAGACUCGUGUUGAGAAGAGAAUCGUCAUAACUGCAGACUCUGACAUCGACCAAGAUAAGGGGAAGCAUGGCGGAGCAUCAGCAUUGUAACUGAAUCACCACCUUCCUUCUUCCUCUGACUCUCCACCUCUUCGAGAGUGCAGCACUCGACACACAAUGACCGGCUCUAUUUGCGCACACAUAUCCCAAAACAAAUAUCUCAUAAAUCUACACCUCAAAUGAUUACAGACUAGAUAAAUCUUCGUAGAUCCUUCUUUUUGUCUUUUAUUUUCUUCAGCUGAGGUCUUCAUUGUAGGUAGGGCUGCACAGCGCUCAGAUCAAAUGCUUAAAUCCUCCUGGUGUUGUAAAAGCGUAGUUUUAUUGGUUCAAAAACCAGCAUUUCAGUCGCGUGAUCUCAGUUAUGUUUGCUUUUAAAUGCUUUUAUUUUCCUAGUGGUUUACAUUGUGGAUUUUAUACAAACGUACUGUUUCCAUUCUAGUUUAGUCCAAAUUAUCAGCAUCUAUUCCCUUGGUGCUGCUCGGGGGAACGUUAAGACUACAUUCAAGGGAUCUCUUUUUUUUGUUUUGUUUUGUUGUUGUUUACGUGUCUAUUUAAUUCAGGAGACUUUUUCCUCUUUUUUUUGUGAAAUGACAUACCUCGCGUUACUAUGUGAACAAAGAUACUCUGUGCUCAAAUUUGAACAGCUUGUUCACAGCUCA